AUGCAAAAGAAAGUUCAGGAACCGAGUAGUUGGCUUGCUAACUAUUUAAACCUUUACAUUUAUAGGCAAGAGAAGCUAGCUACUCAUCCUCCACGAGCUCUUUAUGAAACAAGCAUGCCCUUUGGCGUUAUUUCAAGUUUGAUCUGAUCUGUCACAUUCUCUCAUUUCUUUCUUCAGCUUAAUUCUACAAUGGAAGAAUUAGAGCUUACCUCCGAUCAGGUCUUGGACCAGAAUUCACUUCCGAAGAUGGAGCGGCCAUCAAAUUCAAGCAAAAAGCCUACUGUUUCAAUUUUUGGUCUAUUUUCUGCUGCUGAUAAAUUUGACCAUUUCUUGAUGUUUUUAGGACUCGUCGGUUCAUGCGCUCAUGGUGCUGUGUUUCCUUUGUUCUUUGUUUUGUUUGGUCAUCUGAUUGAUUCUCUCGGACAUGUACGUUCUGAUCCUCAUCAAAUGUCUUCACAGGUGUCCAAGUAUUCCUUGGACCUGGUGUAUUUGGGGCUUGGAGUUUUUGUAGCUGGAUGGAUUGGUGUUGCAUCUUGGAUGCAAACUGGUGAGAGGCAGACAGCACGUUUGCGUCUAAAGUAUCUUCAGUCUGUUUUAAGAAAGGACAUGAACUUUUUCGACAUAGAAGCUAGAGAUUCCAACAUUUUAUUUCAUAUAUCAAGUGAUGCCAUACUAGUGCAAGAUGCAAUAGGUGACAAGACAGGCCAUGCAGUUCGUUAUCUUUCUCAGUUUUUCAUUGGAUUCGUUUUUGGGUUUAAGUCAGUUUGGCAACUUACGCUCCUCACCUUGGCUGUGGUUCCGUUGAUGGCCGUUGCCGGGGGAGCCUAUACUAUAAUUAUGUCUACCUUGUCAGAAAAGGGUGAGGCCGCUUAUGCUGAAGCUGGCAAGGUUGCAGAUGAGGCUAUUUCGCAGAUACGUACAGUAUACUCAUUCGUAGGAGAGGAGAAAGCACUAGAAGAGUACUCCAAGUCCCUUAAGAAAGCUCUUAAAUUGGGGAAGAAAAGUGGGGUUGCAAAAGGAGUUGGUAUUGGAUCUACAUAUGGACUCCUAUUUUGUGCUUGGUCAAUGCUUCUCUGGUAUUCCAGCAUACUAGUUAGGCGUGGGGACACAAAUGGUGCAAAAGCUUUCACAGUGAUACUCAAUGUCAUAUUUAGUGGAUUUGCUCUUGGCCAAGCUGCUCCAAAUAUUGCUGCUAUUUCCAAAGGCCGUGCUGCUGCCGCCAGUAUUAUGAGCAUGAUUGAAACAGAUUCCAGCCCUUCUAAAAAUUUAGUAGAUGGAAUUGUGAUGCCAAAAGUAUCUGGGCAGAUCGAAUUCUGCGAGGUCUGUUUUUCUUAUCCCUCACGGAGCAACAUGGUCUUCGAAAAUUUGAGCUUCUCAAUAAGCGCUGGGAAGAACUUUGCAGUUGUAGGUCCAAGUGGUUCAGGGAAAAGCACUGUUAUAUCCAUGGUUCAACGUUUCUAUGAACCUACUUCAGGUAAAAUUCUGCUGGACGGGCAUGAUCUUAAAACUCUCGAAUUGAAAUGGUUAAGAGAACAAAUGGGAUUGGUCAGUCAAGAACCAGCAUUGUUUGCUACAACCAUAGCUGGCAAUAUUCUGUUUGGUAAAGAAGAUGCAAGCAUGGAUCAGAUUUAUGAAGCUGCUAAAGCUGCCAAUGUACAUUCUUUUGUUCUACAGUUACCUGAUGGUUAUCACACCCAGGUUGGAGAGGGAGGAACACAGCUUUCUGGUGGUCAAAAACAAAGACUGGCUAUAGCAAGAGCAGUGCUGAGGAAUCCAAAGAUAUUACUUUUAGAUGAGGCCACCAGUGCUCUUGAUGCAGAAUCUGAACUCAUUGUGCAACAAGCCCUGGAGAAAAUUAUGGCAAAUCGGACUACAAUUGUCGUCGCACACCGGUUAUCUACAAUUCGAGAUGUUGAUACAAUCAUUGUUUUGAAAAAUGGCCUAGUUGUUGAAAGUGGGAGUCACUUGGAAUUGAUAUCCAAGGGAGGAGAAUAUGCAAGCAUGGCGAGUCUGCAAGUAUCAGAACAUGUUACAGAUGCAAGCUCGAUACAUUCUGGAACAGCUGGAAAAUCUAGCUUUCGAGAACUUACAAGCAGUCAAAAUCAGGAAGUUACAACAAGAGAGCUGAAGUCAAAUGAUGAAAACUUGUCCCCGGCUAACUUUUCUCCCACCCCAUCCAUUUGGGAACUAGUAAAACUAAAUGCACCGGAAUGGCCUUAUGCAGUGCUUGGGUCAGUUGGCGCAAUGAUGGCUGGCAUGGAAGCACCUCUGUUUGCCCUUGGAAUUACACAUAUGCUGACUGCAUUUUAUUCUCCUGAUAAUUCUCAAAUGAAAAAAGAGGUUCAUCUCGUAGCUCUUAUUUUUGUUGGAGCGGCUGUUGUUACUGUUCCUAUUUAUAUACUUCAACACUACUUUUAUACACUAAUGGGGGAGCGUCUGAUAACUCGUGUUCGCCUAUCAAUGUUCUCAGCUAUCCUUUGCAAUGAGAUUGGCUGGUUUGAUUUAGAUGAGAAUAGUACUGGCUCACUGACAUCAACUUUAGCUGCCGAUGCGACCUUAGUUCGAAGUACUCUUGCUGACCGUCUCUCAACAAUGGUGCAGAAUGUAUCACUCACUGUAACAGCAUUUGUUAUCGGCUUUUCAUUAAGUUGGAGGGUGUCAGCUGUUAUCAUUGCUUGCUUCCCUCUACUUAUUGGCGCUGCCAUAACUGAGCAAUUAUUUCUCAAGGGAUUUGGGGGAGACUAUCGUUCUUACACUAGAGCAAAUGCCGUGGCACGUGAAGCAAUUGCGAAUAUUCGUACCGUAGCUUCAUUUGGUGCUGAAGAACGAAUUGCUCAUCAGUUUGCAUCUGAACUAAACAAACCAAACAAACAAGUACUUUUACAGGGACAUAUAUCAGGCAUUGGAUAUGGUGCAUCCCAGUUUUUCUGUUUUUGUGCAUAUGCACUUGGUAUUUGGUAUGCAUCAGUAGUAAUCUCACACAACGAAUCCGAUUUCGAUCAUGUCAUGAAGUCCUUCAUGGUUUUGGUAAUGACUUCAUAUGCUAUAGCAGAAACGGUAGCGCUCACACCAGACAUUAUGAAGGGUUCACAAGCACUAGAAUCGGUUUUCAGUAUUCUCCAUAGGAAAACAGCCAUGGACCCUGAUGAUCCCACGUCAAAGGUGAUAACUGAUAUCAAAGGGGACGUAGAGCUCAGACAUGUGAGUUUCAAGUAUCCUGCAAGGCCUGAUACAAUUAUUUUCGAGGAUUUAAAUCUCAAAGUUUCAGCUGGCAAAAGCCUUGCUGUGGUGGGCCAAAGUGGAUCAGGGAAAAGUACUGUAAUUGCCUUGAUACUGAGGUUCUACGACCCCAUUUCCGGAACAGUUCUUAUUGAUGGAUAUGAUGUUAAGACCUUGAACCUGAAAUCAUUAAGGCGGAAAAUAGGACUGGUUCAACAGGAGCCAGCAUUGUUUUCGACAACAAUUUACGAAAACAUCAAGUAUGGGAAUAAAAAUGCUUCAGAAAUUGAAGUGAUGAAGGCAGCCAAAGCGGCCAAUGCUCAUGGAUUCAUCAGCAGAAUGCAUGAAGGAUACCAUACUCAUGUGGGUGAUAGAGGACUGCAGUUAUCAGGGGGGCAGAAACAGAGAAUAGCAAUUGCUAGAGCUAUACUUAAAGACCCUUCUAUUCUUCUUUUGGAUGAAGCUACAAGUGCCUUGGAUACAGCAUCUGAAAAGUUGGUCCAAGAGGCUUUAGAUAAACUCAUGGAAGGCAGAACAACAGUUCUGGUAGCACACAGGUUGUCAACUGUUCGCGACGCUGAUAGCAUUGCAGUGAUUCAACAUGGGAGGGUGGUCGAAAUCGGAAGCCAUAACCAGCUUAUUGGAAAACCUUCUGGUGUUUAUAAACAACUAGUCAGUUUACAGCAAGAAAAGUCAUUUUCCUAUCAAUAAGGAUUCUAGACCAAAAACAAAUGGAUUAGAAACAUAUAUUUUUCUAUCUAUAACUGAAUCUAUCAAGCUGAAAGUUUCUUCUUGACCUUACUGAAUGUAUAAGAGAAUUUGACACUUGAAUCUGAAGAAAUUAGUCUUGUUAUUGCAAUCA